AUGGCUCAACGAUACAUCUCAAAUAACCUCCCAGCUCAGAGUCUAGGCUCGGACCCCAAAGAGCUGCUAACGUAUGCUCUCGAGCUGGUCGUCCGACACACACCGCCCCGCAAAGUGUACCAUGAACGCCACCUCGGUGGUCUCUUCACCGGGUACACUGGCCUUGCCUACCUGUUUCUUCAGCUCUCCGAGCUGUAUCCAGAUCUGCAGAUAUCAGGUCAGAAACUGAUAUCAUGGGCGCAACGAUAUCUUGAAGGAGACCGAGGGAAACUUGUCUUGGAGAAGGGUAACUGCGGCAUAUCCUCCGAAAAGUUAUCAUUCCAGGCAGUAAGAGCAUGUGUGACGAAGGACGAAGAUCACUUGAUAGAGUUCCUAAGCAAUAUGCCCAUACUUCUUGGUCCAUAUACGAGCCCUCAGGAAGAUGCUUUUCCAUCAGAGAUACCAUACGGAAGAGCAGGUACCUUGUACUUGCUGCGCAUGGUGAAACAUUGGAUGCCGAGGAGUGAGACUCUUAUCGAGUCCCCUCUUCGACGACUAACGGAGAGAAUCAUGUCCACGGACGAUGACGGACGAGGAAAUUGGGAGUGGCAUGGAAAACGGUACUUUGGCGCAGCCCAUGGCGAUAUUGGUAUCAUAACACAGGUUGUUCUCUCGAAUCCAUCGCUCGCUCCACAACUCGCCCGACACCUAGAGAAACUUCUUGAGCUUCAGCUACCGGACGGGAAUUGGCCGUCAAGUAUGCGAAGUCUUAAGGAGGGCAAGAGUGCAAGCUUAGUUCAGUGGUGUCAUGGUGCUCCUGGUUUCUUGUACUCGCUACAAUCCUUGCGCCCUUAUUUUCCCGAACUUCAGAGCCGUAUCGACUCGGCCAUCGAAAAGGGGGAGGGCAUAACCUGGAGACAUGGUCUGCUAAUAAAGGAGCCGUCUUUGUGUCAUGGAAUCUUUGGGAACGCACUGGUGCUUCCCCAAGGAACUAGACGACAACACUUCCUCGCCCUGGCUACAGCCGAUGCCGUGGAGAAAGUACGCCGGCAUGAUCCUGACCUCUUUGAGCCUGCAUCGUAUGGCCACAAAGCUGCAGUUCUCAUGAAUUACUUGCCGAGUGCCGCGUGGACAUGGGCUGUUUGUGAGCAAGAACACCCCAGUCUCAUCAUGUAUAAUGAUGUAUAA